AUGUACGCGGCGGCGGGCGGCGCGUCGCUCGCGGGCCGUAAGGCGCGCCAGCACGGCCGCCAGCCCGCGCCGCCGAGCCCGAACGCGCACUCCCCACCUCACCCCGCGCCGACCGGCGUACGCGCAUACUCCUGUCAACACUGGGAGUCCCGACUCUCCGCGCCCCCCCUCCGCCCGCUCUCCGCACUCGUCUCCGAGCCACACUCGCCAUGCGAAGUGUCAGAGUGCGCGGCUGGGCGUGCGGCGUGGCAGGAGGCGGCGGCCGUGUCCGUCGGCGGGGGGGCUGCGGGCGCGGGGGGAGCCGCGCGGCGCUGCUCUGUGCUCGGAGACCACCCCGGCGCCAGGAGGGACCCGAGAGGCAAAUGGCACAGGAACAAUCGGGUGCGAGAUGCCUCAUACGGCUCAUCGUCCGAGUCAGACGGAGAGGCGGAGGGCGCGCCCGGGGAGCCAUGGGGCGUCGCAAGACUGCUGUACGCAGGCCUCGGCACCCUGGCUUUGGGUCUGGUCGUGUACUUCGUCGGUACCGGCGACAAGGGUUUCAAAACACCGGCCCUCAGGUUGGUGGGCCCGUCUCUUAUCAUCGCUGGCUUGGCGUGCUGCCUGCUGCGUAUCGCCUUUUGUAUAUUUGCGAAGCCUUGCUGUCGACGGCGGACCAAUUACAAGGAGAACAGAAGACUGUCCGGAUGCGGGGAGGGGGAGGAGAUGCCGCUGGCGGGGGGCGGGGCGGGGGGUCAGCGGGCCGGGCCGGCUCAGUGCUCCCCCGCGCGGCGCCUCGACGCCUCCUCCUGCGACGUGUCCAGUCUCUCCAGCGGGGAAGAAGACGAGAGACUGCGAAGGUAUCGGACUGCGUCUGCGCCGUCACAUCUCUCCGUGCCACCGUCCUCCAUGCCACAGAGCGCAACCCAGCAAAGCGUGUCGCCUCCGCCGGGCGCGGGCGCGCAGCCGAGCGCAGCGCUGCAGCCGAGCGCGUCGCAGCCGGCCGCGAUGCAGAGCGCCAUGCAAGGCACGGCUCCGCGCCGCCCGCUGCCACGAAACGUCUCCUUCGCGGGCGGCACCGAUGGAGAACUCGUACUCAGCCCCGCACAGCUCCGCUCCUAACCCACAAGCAAUAAAUAUUGACGCAAUACACGUACGCCACCGGACGAUUCCAUCGCCAAAUGUGAUAGCGUGAACUCAGUGAUUUUUCUAUUCGAUAAGCUACGGUCGUUGAUUAUUUGCACGUUUGGAAUUAUUCUUGCAAGCAAUAUUUGUAAGUUAUUAUUUUUUUUGCUAGUUUUAACUCCGCCGUCUGGAUAUCACAUUACCACGUGUGACAGAUAAGCUAUUUUGUGUAAUAAUGCUAUAUGGGUCGGCUCAAAUUCUAUCAAGUUAACCAAGACUGAUAUGAUGUGUGAAUUAUGGCUGACAUUGAAAUAAACCUAA